CAAGCAUGGCCCUUUGGGAAUAGAAUGGCCAAUGUAAUUUGACACUUCAACUUACUGUGCUCUCUAUCUUAGUUGAUUCACCCACUGACGUUGAGCCCCAGUCAUUCUCAGUGGUAGUGACUAGAGGAAGAUCAUUUAAAAAAAAAAAAAAAAACAAGAUCCUGAAUAUUACUAAAGAGGACUUUCUCCGAGUCGUUUCGCCACUCGCUUUAAAUCUGGAGCAGCAGAAUCUGGGGUGGAGGACCCCUACCUGACAUGUGACUAGGUGGGGGUGGGGGGGGUGGGGGGGUCUGAGGUGGCGGCAGACAGAGAGAGACGGAGGAAGAAGAAUCCAGGGUUUACAGUCAACACAGAGGUCACUAGUUUAAUGGCUGGAAGGUAGAGGUCAAAGAGGGACAGAAUGACCUCCAUUCCAUCGAUGGACAGGCACAUACAGCAGACUAACGACCGUCUGCUAUGUAUCAAACAGCACUUACAGAACCCCGCCAAUUUCCAGACGGCAGCGACAGAGCUGCUGGACUGGUGCGGUGACCCCCGGGCCUUCCAACGACCCUUUGAGCAAAGCCUGAUGGGAUGUCUAACGGUGGUGAGCCGGGUGGCAGCGCAGCAAGGUUAUGACCUGGACCUGGGGUACAGGGUCCUAGCAGUGUGUGCUGCCAACAGAGACAAGUUCUCUCCCAAAUCAGCAGCCUUGUUGUCGUCUUGGUGUGAGGAGCUGGGGCGUCUCCUCCUCCUCCGUCAUCAGAAGAACAGACAGAACGAACCACCCCAGGGGAAGGUUCCUAUGCAGCUCACCAUGCACUCCAUGAAGCCCACCCUGUCACACAGUGAUGGGUCUUUUCCCUACGACUCAGUACCAUGGCAACAGAACACCAACCAGCCGCCGGGUUCUCUCUCCGUGGUAACGACCGUCUGGGGUGUGGCCAACACCUCUCAGAGUCAGGUGUUGUCAAACCACAUGGCUGACAGUGGCAACCCCAUGAUCCCUGGUGGUAACCCCAUGGGUCAGGGGGGUAUGUCUGGGAACAACCAGGGGAUGAACUCACCCCAGUACCCAGGCCAGCAGCAGCAGUUCCCCAACAAGGGCCAGCAGAACCAGGCUUACAUGCAGCAGGACCUGUACGGACGCCAGGGCUACCCCGGGGGAGGAGGAGGCUUCGGGGGGAAUUACCCUGGAGGUCCUAUCUCUGGUCCUGGUGGCGUGGGCAUGCCCCCCCACUCUCGUCCCCCUAGCGACUUCACCCAACCUGCUGCUGCCGCCGCCGCCGCAGCCGUCGCCGCGGCAGCCGCCACUGCUACCGCCACUGCCACGGCGACUGUUGCCGCCAUGCAGCAGGACACUCAAAACAAGGACAUGAACCAGUAUGGACCGAUGACUUCGUCGUUCCAGAUGGGGCCCAGCCAGGCUUACCAGAACCAAUUCAUGAACCAGGGGCCAGGGGGUCCCAGGGGCCCUCCAUCUCUCCCAGGGAACAUGGGCCCCGGCCCGGGCAUGAACCCCUCCAACAUGGUCUCCUCCCACAUGGGAAUGAACCAUCCCCGGCCCCAGGGGCCCUUUGGAGGCCACGUUGCCCAGAGAAUACCCCAGCAGGGAUACCCAGGAUGCAGGCCUCAGGGUAUGGGCAUGCAGGGUGUGAAGAGACCCUACCCUGGAGAGCCUAACUACGGAGGGCAGCAGUAUGGUCCAGGACCGAACGGCCAAGGGUUCCCCCAGCAGCAGAACCAGUACCACACCCACACCCCCAACCCCUCCAGGCCACUCCCGUCCCCCAACUACCCAGGCCAGAGAAUGCCUGGUGGGCAGCAGAUCCAGGGCCAUUACCCCCCUCCUGGAGGGGCCAUGGGACAGUACUACAAGCAAGAGCCUUUCAAUGGUCAAAGUAACAACUUCUCUGGGAGUGGAUAUCAGUACAGCCAAGGCAAUAUGAAUGGGCCUCCUCGCCCGGUGGGUAACUACCCCCACUCCCCGGUGCAUGGCAACCCGACCCCGCCCAUGACCCCAGGAAGUAGUAUCCCUCCCUACAUGUCUCCAAAUCGUGACGUCAAGCCCCCCUUCCCUCCAGACAUCAAACCAAAUAUCACCGCUCUUCCUCCUCCUCCUCCAGCCAACCCCAACGAGGAGCUGCGUCUGACCUUUCCGGUGAGGGACGGGGUGGUCCUAGAGCCCUUCAGACUGGAGCACAAUUUGGCCGUCAGUAACCAUGUCUUCCACCUCCGCCCCUCCGUACACCAGACCCUCGUGUGGAGGUCAGAUCUGGAGUUGCAGUUUAAAUGUUACCAUCACGAGGACCGACAGAUGAACACCAACUGGCCUGCCUCGGUCCAGGUCAGCGUUAACGCCACGCCCCUCACCAUCGAGCGUGGCGACAACAAGACGUCCCACAAGCCCCUGCACCUGAAACAAGUCUGCCAACCAGGAAGGAACACUAUCCAGAUCACAGUUACCGCCUGCUGCUGUUCUCACCUGUUUGUACUGCAGCUGGUCCACAGACCAUCUGUACGAUCCGUCCUGCAAGGCUUACUGAAGAAGAGGUUACUGCCUGCAGAGCACUGCAUCACCAAAGUUAAGAGAAACUUCAGCAGCGUAGCGGCGUCCUCUGGGAACACCUCUCUGAACGGCGAGGACGGUGUUGAACAGACAUCCAUCAAGGUCUCCCUCAAAUGUCCAAUUACCUUCCGGCGGAUCCAACUUCCAGCCAGAGGUCAUGACUGUAAACAUGUCCAGUGCUUUGAUUUGGAAUCGUACUUACAGUUGAACUGUGAGCGAGGAACGUGGCGAUGUCCAGUAUGCAAUAAAACAGCGUUGCUCGAGGGACUAGAAGUUGACCAGUACAUGUGGGGGAUUCUUAAUGCCAUCCAAAACUCGGAGUUUGAGGAGGUGACCAUAGACCCUUCGUGUAGUUGGAGACCUGUGGCCAUCAAGUCUGAUAUCCACAUCAAGGAGGAUCCAGAUGGACCCAUGGCCAAGAGGUUCAAGACCAUGAGCCCCACCCAGAUGACCCUGCCCAACGUGAUGGAGAUGAUCGCCCUGCUCGGCCCAGGGCCCUCGCCCUACCCACCCCAGCAGGGGGGCAACAACAGCGAAUACGGAAGCCAUGGUAACAGUUACCAGGGCCACAGCGGCGGCUUUGACUUCCCCCAUGGGAACCCUGGUGGUACGACCAUGAAUGACUUCAUGCACGGCCCCGUUCUGUCCCACCCGCCAAACAUGGCACAGGACAAACCCCUCACACACAGCAUGCCUGACUCUAUACCUCAUCCUGCCAUCACUGACCAGUCCCACAACUUGUUACAGCAUAGCUUACAUGCCCAAUCUCACCCCGGCAGCCAAUCGGGACAGCCGUUGCAUCACAGUGGACCUCCUCAGCCGUCACGACAACAGGCUCCGCCCCCACAGCAACAACAGCCCGGCCCUAACAAUCACCCUCUGCAGCACGGUGACCCCUUAGAGGGACUGGGUGGAGGGCUCCCAGAUAUGCCCGAACCUUCCUUGGAUCUCCUUCCAGAGCUGGCUAACCCAGAUGACUUGUUGUCUUACCUGGAUCCUCCAGACCUCCCGAGCAGUAGCAACGAUGACCUUCUCUCGCUCUUCGAAAACAACUGACUCUGAUUCUAGAGCAGUUCAUUUUAAAAAAUGUAUAAAGAAAACACUGAUAGGACUGCCUGGAGUUGGACCUAUAACAUCUGACCUGAGACCUGCUCCAGUACUUGACAAACACAAAGAUGCACUCCCUUUCUCAUUUUCCUCGUGUACAGUUUGCAUUGAUUCUCCAGCAGACUGACUGACAGACUGACUGAUUGACUGAACAAUGUUUUAAAACUCAAAAAGACAUAGCAGGACAGGGUAGGGCAGUGAGUGAUGUCUGCCUCCCUGCUUGUCUGCCUCCCUACAGCGCCCCCAUGUGACCAUCGAUGAUACCAGCUAUCUGAUAUUCAGUUCAUUUUGUAUGCCACCAGUGUCUGUGUGCACAUAAGUGUUGAUGCAUUUUUUUUUAACAUUCAUAUUUUGUUUCCUUUUAAAGAAAAAAAUAGGAAUUAAUUCAUUAUAUAAAAGGGGGGGAAAAAACAUAUUGGAAAAACAAAAUGUCCUGCACUAUCUGACCAGUGUGUGUCAUGUCCGCGUUACUGUUUCACCUUAUAAGACUAGGCGUCUCAGCUUCCUGUUGUCCCAAACGUUGUCAUAGUUACUGUUCCCGGGACUGGUUACUACGUAGCACUGUCUGUCUGUCUGUCUGUCUGUCUGUCUGUCUGUCUGUCUGUCUGUGUGUCUGUGUAUCUGUCUGUCUGUCUGUCUGUCUGUCUGUCUGUCUGUCUGUCUGCCUGCCUGCCUGCCUGCCUGUCUGUCUGUCUGUCUGUCUGUCUGUCUGUCUGUCUGUCUGCCUGUCUGCCUGUCUGUCUGUCUGCCUGUCUGUCUGUCUGUCUGUCUGUCUGUCUGUCUGUCUGUCUGUCUGUCUGUCUGCCUGUCUGUCUGUCUGUCUGUCUGUCUGUCUGCCACUGCACGUCAUGUGAAAGCACAAGAUAUAACAACACAUACAUCUCAAACAAAACACAUUUAAAGUGACAGCUUUUUCUAACACUAGUACCAAAACGUUUACGAGAAAUUUGCGAUUUUUUUGGGGGGGGGGUGGGGGAAUGUUCAACAGCUCCUCCCGCUUUAGUUUCAACAACAACGAAAAAAGAAAACAAACAUUUUGGUUCAAGUUUUGUUUUUGUUUUCUUUUGGGAAGUGGAGAGGAAGGAAUCUCCCCUUCGUCUUUUGAAGAGAAGAGCGAUGGAGGAAACCAAGUGGAGGGGUCGCGGGGGGAUUGGACAUUGGCAAUCAUCCUCUUCUAGGAGAGAGAGUCUACCCUACAACAUAGACAUUUAUAAUCUCCAAUCAGAGAAAUACAUUUUCGUACUGUGACUGUGUCUUGUUUCUUUAUUAUCCUGGACAGAGUAGAGUCACCAAUGGAUUGAUUAAUUGAUAGUCAUCAAUGGUAAAGGAAAGUAGACGCGGGAGAAUGAUGUUUGUUACCAGGGUUUGGGUCAAUUUGAAUUGAAGGCAGUCAAUUCAGGAAGUUCCAAUUUAAUCAUUAAUUCAUUAAAUAAUUAAAACAGGGCAUAUAUUUUCAAUUACUCUCAAUUAGCUGAAAAAGGAGGAGCUAUUUAACUAUGUCAACAUAUCACUUCCAGAAUUGAUUGACAUCAAUUUUAAUUGUUCCCAACCCUGUGGGUUACUAUUUGAGUUUCCUGUCAGGCCGAUAUCAAGCCAGUUAGAGCUCCUAUCUUAUCUGUCUCUCUUCUCUUCAUGCGCCCCCUGGUGUUGCUCCUCUCAUCAUUCUCUCUUCUCUUCAUGCGCCCCCUGGUGUUGCUCCUCUCAUCAUUCUCUCUUCUCUUCAUGCACCGCCUGGUGUUGCUCCUCUCAUCAUUCUCUCUUCUCUUCAUGCAUGGCCUGGUGUUGCUCCUCUCAUCAUUCUCUCUUCUCUUCAUGCGCCCCCUGGUGUUGCUCCUCUUAUCAUUCUCUCUUCUCUUCAUGCACCACCUGGUGUUGCUCCUCUCAUCAUUCUCUCUUCUCUUCAUGCGCCACCUGGUGUUGCUCCUCUUAUCAUUAUGUCUUCUCUGCGUGCACCGCCUGGUGUUGCUCCUCUUAUCAUUCUCUCUUCUCUUCAUGCACCGCCUGGUGUUGCUCCUCUCAUCAUUCUCUCUUCUCUUCAUGUGCCCCCUGGUGUUGCUCGUCACAUCAUUCUCUCUUCUCUUCAUGCGCCCCCUGGUGUUGCUCCUCUCAUCAUUCUCUCUUCUCUUCAUGCGCCCCCUGGUGUUGCUCCUCUCAUCAUUCUCUCUUCUCUUCAUGCGCCCCCUGGUGUUGCUCCUCUCAUCAUUCUCUCUUCUCUUCAUGCACCACCUGGUGUUGCUCCUCUCAUCAUUCUCUCUUCUCUUCAUGCGCCCCCUGGUGUUGCUCCUCUCAUCAUUCUCUCUUCUCUUCAUGCACCACCUGGUGUUGCUCCUCUCAUCAUUCUCUCUUCUCUUCAUGCGCCCCCUGGUGUUGCUCCUCUCAUCAUUCUCUCUUCUCUUCAUGCACCGCCUGGUGUUGCUCCUCUUAUCAUUCUCUCUUCUCUUCAUGCACCACCUGGUGUUGCUCCUCUUAUCAUUCUCUCUUCUCCUCAUGCACUGCCUGGUGUUGCUCCUCUUAUCAUUCUCUCUUCUCUUCAUGCACUGCCUGGUGAUG